AACAAAGUACGUCGCUGGCGGUUUCAGUUGUCCGUCGACAAAAGUCGGCAAUCGAAAAAAGUGCAGUAGUGAGAAGAAUUAACAACAGAGUUCCAAAAUCGGUGAAGGCAAAUCAUUAAAAUUCCAUGCACUGCUGGAGAAAAAUAAUGCUAAAAAAUUCUCAUAAAAUUGCAGCGAAAAGGGUACAAAGUUUCAAGAAGGAAUGAAAGAAGAUCUAAUGUAAUAAUAGACAUUACAAGACGAGCGUAAAGUAAAAGAAGUAAAGGAGUUGAAGUGCCACUCCUUUGUGUGAAAGGCGAAUGUGCCAACAUUGGAGACAAAGUGACCGGAGAAAUAGUGAACAAAAUAUACGAUAAUUGUAAUUAAAUGCAAAGGACGUAAUGGCGAGACAGUAAAUGUAAAGAAAUUUAGAACGAAGUGAAAUAGUUGCACGAAAUGCAAAGAAAAGUGAAGUGUAUGCAGCCGAAAAAUGAGUAGAUAAAGAAACAUGUAGAGUGUGCGUGUGAAAUUCAUGUGAAUGAAGAAACAAGUCUGAGUGGCAUAAUUGAAACGUAAUUGGUGAUUAAUUAAAGCGCGAGUGGAAUGCGCAUAGAUGAUAAAGCUGGGAAACAGCACAAAUUAAAGAAAAUAGUAGAUAAAACAAAAUAUACUUCGUAGUUGGGGUCAGAAGUAUCCCGAAAAAAAAUUUGUGAGUACAUGCAGUGCAGUGUGGUACGAGGUCGAACCAUUAUAUUCAAGUUGUAAGACUGACGGAUCCGAUCGGCCAAUGUGUUACCGGUGCAGAGCGGUGAAAAUCAUUGUAUGAGUCACGCAGUUUAGUAAGCAACACGCUAGCAGAGACAGCGUUACACAAACAACAAAGCAGGGGUAGCAACAGACAGUACAAUAUAGGUGUAUUGAUAACUUCAAUGCCAAUCACCAUAAUCUGCUACAAUAAAACAUUCACUGAGUUAUUUUGAACUUGGCGUUCAAAACAAUCUUCAAGUUCAUUAAUUUCAAAUCGUCCAUAUAUAUACCGUCAACAUGACCAGUUUUACAAGUCUGAAGGGUUGGUUUCGUAAGAAAGAACCCAUUUCCGAAAUCGGUAAUCCAACUAAUUUCCAGCGACACUACCAUGUAUCUCGCAAUGAAGAGACGGGAUAUCUGGAAGGUUUGCCUGCUUCUUGGACAAGGCUUAUGAAUGCACAGAUAACCCGCGACGAACAGGAUAAGAACCCAGAUGCUGCUUAUCAUGCCGUUAAAUAUUAUAAUUAUUCAAUUAAGAAAAAGGACAAUGAGGUAUUUAAGCCGUUCAUAACCGAAGAGGCUAUACAUGAGGAGUCCAAAGAAAUAGACAAUUAUGUGAAUUAUAAAAACAAACACAAAUCACAUGAUCCCGAUAAAUCCGAUGAUGAUGAACUAUACGGUGGUGGCAGUUCGACGGGGGAGAGUGGUGCCUCGUCCAGUGGCAACAGCAAUAGCAGUAGCUUCAAUGAUAACCAGCAAGCAAUUCGUAUGACUGGCCUCAAUCAGGUGAUAAAGGAACUCGAGUCCAAUUUACUAGCACAACGCGAAACGUUAAAACCAAUAUCAUCAUUCACCGGCGAUGAGCGCCCACCAUUGCCUGCAAAAAAAUUGCAAACUCUUCCGCCUAAGCCAGUGUUGAAGCCAAAGCCACGAGCUGUCACGCAGCAGCUUUCACGGGGAGUGUCUGAUCUCACCACAAUCAAUUUAACUGAAGAACCUUUGAACAAGAUCAACACUGAUACUAUCAUCCUCAAACCUGCCAUCUCCGUAGCAGAUGGCGAUGGCGAACCUGCUGAUGAAUCUAUUCUGCGCCGUUCGAAGGAUAAACGUGCACAGAAAACGGACGCUGAAAUAUACGAGGAACUUCGCGCCAUUUGCAAUAUGGAUGAUCCACGCGAGCGUUAUCAUACUACACAGGAAGUUGGCAAGGGUGCCUCGGGUAUUGUAUUCAUCGCAGCGGAUUUGCAGACAGAAACUCAGGUUGCGGUUAAGACAAUCGAUCUGAAAAAUCAGUCAUCAAAAGAUCUUAUACUAACUGAGAUACGUGUUUUGAAAGACUUUAAUCAUAAAAAUUUAGUGAACUUCUUGGAUGCAUAUCUGCUCGAACCAGAAGACCAACUAUGGGUAAUAAUGGAAUAUAUGGAUGGUGGACCAUUAACAGACGUUGUCACGGAGACUGUUAUGAAAGAACGUCAAAUCGCAUGCGUUUGUCGUGAAGUACUAUAUGCAAUAAGUUUUCUACAUUCCAAAGGUAUCAUUCAUCGUGACAUUAAGUCGGAUAAUGUGCUAUUGGGCAUGGAUGGUUCAGUGAAGGUGACCGAUUUUGGUUUCUGCGCAAAUAUAGAGGGCGACGAGAAGCGUCAAACAAUGGUGGGUACGCCAUACUGGAUGGCUCCAGAGGUUGUAACUCGUAAGAAAUACGGGAAAAAAGUAGAUAUCUGGUCAAUUGGUAUUAUGGCAAUAGAAAUGAUUGAAGGCCAACCACCAUAUCUCUAUGAGACACCGCUUCGCGCGCUCUAUUUAAUUGCCGCUAAUGGUAGACCCGAUAUCAAAAGCUGGGACAAACUAAGCCCUAAUCUGCAAGACUUCCUAGAUUGCUGCUUGCAAGUUGAGGUCGAUAAACGAGCGACAGCUGAUGAGUUGCUGCGACAUUCAUUUCUAGAGGAUUGCAGUGAAGUGAAAGCGUUAGUGCCGAACAUAAAGGCAGCCAAAAAAGUGCUACGGCGUAUGGUGUAAUAGAACAUGAAUGGGGGGAAAGACAUGUCAUUAAAAGUGUAACAAAGAGUUGGAUGAAAUACAUAAGAGACCAGAUCAUGUUGAAUGGAUUGAAGUGCAAUUGUAAUAUUGGAUUAGCGCAAUUGCACGAAUGAGUUGAGCGAGAACGUUGUGUAUUUUAGUUGCUUAUUUAUAUACUACAUAGACCUAAGUACGUAUAAGAAUAAUCGAACGGAUUUGAAAAGUAUCGAGAACGAAAAUGCUGUUUACUUCCUAAUAGCUGCCACAUAGUCUUGCGCUAAGUCAGUGAGUACGACAGAAGGGUAAUGGAGCUGUGAAUAGGAAAAUGUGGGGAUGCAUGAACGGCGGCCUGCUGUUGACGGAUAAAUGCUGUUGAAUGCGAAGCUCUUAUAAGAGCAACAAUUUCUUUUUUAUAAAAUGGUGCAUUAAUAAUGAAAGUGCGUGAACAUCGCUGGCCGAACGGUAUUACAAUAGGGUGUCGAAAGGUAAUCAGAUGACAAUUUUGAAUGCACCGCCGAAUGAAUUGAAAUGAAAGCUACAUUCAGAGCAUACUGAACCUAGCUGCAGCAACAACAACCACAAAAACCAACAAUAACAACAGCAACAAC